AUUUUACUUGCCGCCAUUACCUUUUCUUCGAGAAGACGGAACAGACCGGUCUGCCAUUUCUUUGCUACUGAGGUUUUAGUUUUAUCUCAAAUAUUUUGUCUAAGAUGCCUUGUAUGACAUCCGAGAGACAGUUAGAUAUUGGCGACGUAAUCAAGCUACUAGAAAAUGUAGAACAGUACGAAUAUGUUCAUUCACCACCGAUGAAACCUAAAGCUGGAGAAGCUUAUUUAUUUGUACCAGCUUGUCCGGAAGAACAAGAUAACUGGAAAUGUGAUCAGUAUCGUUGGGUGAAUUAUGGUUCAAAAGAAAUCCCAAAGCGUGACCCUUUGGUCAAAAAGCUGUUUUUCAUUGGAAAAAAUCCAGAAGGUAAAACCAAUAAGUUCCAGCGCCAUGUUUAUACUUUGAUUGGAGAUCAGCGUUUUCCCCGGCCGGUGCUAUGCCAUUACAUUGGUGACGAGUCUAUUAUGAUUGACCACCCACAUGGAAAUACAAAAAGAUCAAGUGACCCAUACUUUGCAACCGCGCCUUCUGUUAGGAAAAAUAUUUCGUUUAAAGUAGAAUCACCAUAUGGAACACCGAAUAGAGUACUUCAGGAAACAACUCUUGAAUCUCAAACAUUGGACACACUUGGUAAUCCAGUACUUACUCCACGCAACAAAAUUCAAGUGCGGAAUAUUCGUAGGAAUUUGCGGAAAGCAACUGAAAAGCAACGCCCUUCUACAGAAGAUAUGGCUACUCUUUACAGUCUUGGCACAGAAUUGCCAGGUUUUUUUCAUUAUGUACGGACAUUUCCUGAUUUUGCAAUGAUAGUAGGACUGAAUGAUUUAGCUUUGGAGGUAGAAAACCUGUUAAAACUCAAUGCUGGACCUUUAGUUUUUUCUUUUCAUGAAACAUUUAAAGUUGGUAAAUUUUAUGUCACAACUUUUAAUUUCGUACAUGCUGCAUUUUCUGAUAGGCCUGUGAUACCUCUACAAUUUUUGAUCACAGAAUCGACUGGUGAAUACCCAUUAUAUGAGAAAUUGUUACGUACUGUGUCUGAAAACAUACCCUUACUUGACCAACUAGAAACUGCUGUAGUUACAAGCCAAGAACAUAACUUUGCAACACCUCUAAAUUUAGUAUUUCCUAACUUUAUGCAAGUUUAUGACUGGGAGCUGGUUCUAAUGACUGCCAGAUCAUGGCUUCGAAAAAGCAACCAAAGUGUAAAAGCUAUUACAGACCGUGCUGAAGAUCUUCGGAUUCUCUUAAACAGCCCCUCGUAUGACGAAUUUCAACAAAAUUUGGAAAAGUUUAAAAAUCAAUGGGAUGAAAAUUUUGUUACUUAUUUCAAUGAAUACUUAUUAGAAAUUAUUCGUAAAAGAUUAGGAAGGUGGCUACUUGAAAGGUAUAAAUUGUAUCAUCCACAGAUGGGUGUUAUUGGUGCCAGAAAUCUUGAUCUACAAGUUGUAGUGCGUCAUUUACAAGAGCUUAAAGUUGUCACAUUAGAUAUUCUUUUGCCAUCUUUAUAUCACCUGCAGCUCUUCUUGUCAACCAAUGUAAUGAAAGGUUUCUGCGGUGUUGGAAAAUAUAAACUCAGUCCUGAGUUAAACUUUCUUAAACGCGAAGCUGAUGAGUUAACAUUGCCAACUAAACUGUAUGAGCCACAAGAGAUCGUAAACAUUCUAAAGGUACGUGGCAUUUCGUUAGUUUUUGAAGAGAUGCAGGAAGAAGGAGAAGUUGGAAGUGUAAUCCAAGCUCAAAGAAUUGUUGAAAUGGACAACAUUGUUCACAGUCAUCAGCUUCAGGCUUUCAUGGUAAAAUCACCAUCAGGAAGUUUACAAGCUGUUCGUUUAUUUCCUCGAGAGUCUUGUUCCUGCUCAUUCAGUCAACGAUGUUCGCAUAUAAUGGCUGUUAUGAUAGCUGUUGGACUGCCAUUGUUUCCUGAACCAGUACCUAAAAAAAAAAAGGCCAGAAAAUCGCGUUCGCAGCCGACAAAAUAUAUUCGUCCAUCAGUUCAACACUCGUUUAUGGAAUACGAACUUGCAGAUACUUCCAUGAAUCAGCAGCCAACUGUUAUUCCGAUGAUUGUGACAACGACAGAUGGUGGAGAGAACUAUGUUCCAGCUUCCAUAGAUCUCUCCUAUCAAACUGCUUAAGUUAAUUUAUAUUUUAAAGACCUUUGUAUAUUCUUUAUAUUAAGUAUGGUAAUUAUUAAUCAA